CUCCCCGGCCUGGGAGGGCUCUGCCAAAGUGCCACGUUGGGCCGGGCAGCGGGCGUGAGGAGCCGGCUCCGGGCGCCACCCCGGGGUGCGCUCUCUAGGGCGCUGGCCGUUGGGUGGCGCGGGGUGGCCGCGGGCCGGCGGCGGGAGCUGCGGCGGGAGCUGCGGCGGGAGCUGCGGCGGGGCCGGUGCGUCCCGCCCGAGGGCGGCUCUGGCUGAGGGCGGAGGGGCCGGGGGACAGCCCGGGGCAGCGGCCGAGACGGCACGGCGGCAGCAGAGUCCGCUGCCCCCGGACGCCCCCGGCAACAUGCUGGCAGAUAACCUGGUGGAGGAGUUUGAGAUAGAGGAUGAGCCGUGGUACGACCACCGGGACCUCCAGCAAGAUCUCCAGCUUGCUGCUGAACUUGGAAAGACGCUGCUGGAUCGGAACACAGAGUUGGAGGAUUCUCUUCAGCAGAUGUACACAACCAAUCAGGAGCAGCUACAGGAAAUUGAGUACCUGACCAAACAGGUGGAGCUCCUGCGGCAAAUGAAUGAGCAGCAUGCAAAAGUUUACGAGCAGUUAGAUGUCACAGCAAGAGAACUGGAAGAAACCAACCAGAAGCUUGUGGCUGAGAGCAAAGCCUCGCAACAGAAAAUCCUAAGCCUGACGGAAACAAUUGAAUGCCUACAAAACAACAUUGAUCACCUCCAGAACCAAGUGAAGGAGCUGAAAUCUUCCAGCCAAGAAAGAGAGCGGCAGAAGACAUGUGACCAGGAGAAACCAGCACCCAGCUUCUCCUAUCUGAAAGAGCUGUAUGACCUCCGCCAACACUUUGUAUAUGACCACGUGUUUGCUGAAAAGAUCACUUCCUUGGAAAACCAGCAAAGCCCCGAAGAAGAAGAAAACGAGCACCUGAAAAAGACAGUGACGAUGUUGCAGGCCCAGCUGAGCCUAGAGAGGAAGAAGCGAGUGAGCGUGGAGGCAGAGUAUAAGGUGGUGCUGAAAGAGAACAGUGAGCUGGAGCAGCAGCUGGGUGCCACAGAUGCCUACCGAGCCCGGGCACUGGAGUUGGAGGCUGAGGUGGCCGAGAUGCGGCAGAUGCUGCAGGCAGAGCACCCUUUUGUGAAUGGAGUUGAGAAGCUGGUAUCCGACUCUUUGUUUGUUACUUUCAAGGAGCCCAGCCAGAGCCUGCUGGAGGAGAUGUUCCUAGCUGCUCCAGAAGCACAGAGGAAACCGCUCAAGCGCAGCAGCAGUGAGACAGUGCUCAGCAGCAUGGCAGGGGGUGACAUUGUGAAGGGCCAUGAGGAGACUUGCAUCAGGAGAGCUAAGGCUGUGAAGCAGAGGGGCAUCUCCCUUCUGCAUGAAGUGGACACUCAGUACAGUGCCCUGAAAGUGAAGUAUGAAGAGCUACUGAAGAAGUGCCAGCAGGAGCAGGACUCACUGUCACACAAGGCCGUCCAGACCUCUAGGCUGCUGGCCAGGGACCUGACAGGACUAGUAACCCCGUGUGAGGCUGGAGCCAGUGGCUGGGAACCCACCCCUGUCACCCCAGAACCCACCACUUCCCCCACCACUACACCUCCAGAAUACAAAGCACUAUUUAAGGAGAUAUUUAGUUGUAUCAAGAAAACAAAGCAGGAAAUAGAUGAACAAAGAACAAAAUACCCAUCUCUCUCCUCUUACUCUUAACGAGACCUCCAGUUCUAAUCUGCUUGUUUUCUCUCCCCACCUCCCAUUCAGACACAUAAGCGCAAUUUCAAAAGCUUGAUGUUGCUAAAGGUAUCUGCCUCAUUGCUUUGCUUAAUUGGCAAAAGCAGGAAGCGAGGUGGCUGGCAGUGUUUAUCUCAUGAUAAACGGCCUUUGGUUGGUGCACUGAUUAUCUGACUUCCAGGAAAAGCCCUGGAACCAGUGGAGGGGGAUCCAUGUAAAUGGGGUAGGCUACAGUACCUACAGUGUGGAAGGACAGAAUUGGAACAAAACUAAGGCUAUUACUAUAGCUUCCAUACUCAGCUUUCAAACUACUUGGAACUCCAAGGUCUGUUUAAGUAAAAAUGCUUUCCAUAGACAUUCCAAAGAAUGUUGAAAAAGCAGAAAUUAAUCUGAAGUAGAUGGCAUUAACAAGCUUCUUAAACCCCUAAGUUUUGUCGCAUCUGCUACCAGUUGAACGAUGACUGACAGGUAAUCCUAAUAUUUAAAAAUUUAAAUGAAUACCAGUUGAAGUGGCAAGUUUUGGUUUGAUGAAUGCCUGUUGGUAUAUGCUCAGCAUUCCGCUGUUUUACUCAGAGUCAGGCAUGUAGUAUUUUGUUUUCAAAUAGAAACUAAAGGAGAAGUCUCUUAGAUGUGAUCAGCGCCGACCACUUGGCAGCCACAAGCUGCUCCUACUCAGUUCUUAAUUCCUAGAAUUGCAGAAGUUCCUGUCUACUUUAUUACACAGUAUUGAUGUUCUGACUGUGGAAACUCUUUCUCUCACUUGUAUACUUUUAAUUUAAAAAUAUUUAAGAGAACCAUGGUUCUGAUUGUUGUAUAUAUUUUUCUAGAAGCUGAAUAAAGCUAUCUAUGAAUGUGAACAAACAGAUAUACUGCCUGUUGUUUUAAGCUUAAUGCCUUUUUACAGAUGAAGCCAACUGGCCUUUUCCCAGUAGAUAACUCUAGGGAAUUUGACAAUGAUUUCCACUCAUUUUCUUUUAAGCAGGAAAUCCUUGGAAUUGUAUUACUUAACACAAAUUCUGUACAUGUUGUUAAAUAUUAGGAUUGAAAGCAUUUUUCACUAUUUCGGAAGUUCUGGCUUAGUUGUGAACUCAUAGCACCUAACUAGUUGGUUGUUAAAACAUCUGAUCAGCUAAUGGUUAAAAACUUUAAUGUGUGACUAUUGGGCUGGAGCAAAGGCUCAGUUGAGUAAAGCACUUGUGCAAGCACUAAGACUUGAGUGCACAGCACAGCACCCAUGCAAAAUAUGAGCAUGGCAGCAUGCACAUGCAAUGCCUACCACUGUGGAGACAGACACCAGCAGAUCCCCAGGACUCACUGGCCCUAGCCAGUCAGUAAAGUCCAAGUUAAGUGAGAAACUUUCACAAAAUGAGAGCAAGGGCUAGAGCAAUGUCUCAGUGGUUCAUUGGUUAAGAGUACACUGCUUACCCAGCGGUGGUGGAGCACACUUCUAAUCCCAGCACUCGGAAGGCAGAGGCAGGCGGAUCUCUAUCAGUUCGAGGCCAGCCUGGUCUACAGAGUGAGUCAGAACAGGCUCCAAAGCUACACAGAGAAACCCUGUCUCAAAAUAAAUAAAUAAAUAAACAACAAAAACCACUAUUGCAGAGGACCUCAGUAAGUUCCCAGCACCCACAUUAGGCAGCUCACCACUGCCUGUAACUCCAGCUCCAUCCAAGUGAUUGGGAUGCUUCUGACCUUGAUUGAGCACAUGUACAUACAUGUGCUUGCCUGUACAAAUACAGAAUAUUUUUUCUUAAGAGUGAUGAUAAAGGAAGACAUGAUAAAGGAUGUCAACCUCUGGCCCAUAAAUUAGUCAGAUAUGAUGAGUAUUGAUGCUAAAUUACAUGUGCCUUUGAAUUAGCUCCUUUUUUUCUUUUCGGUUUUUUGAGACAGGGUUUCUCUGUAGCUUUAGAGGCUGUCCUGGAACUAGCUCUUGUAGACCAUGCUGGCCUCAAACUCACAGAGAUCCACCUACCUCUGCCUCCCGAGUGCUGAGUGCUGGGAUUAAAGGCGUGGGCCACCACCGCCCGGCCGCCUUUGAAUUAGCUCUUAAAGUUUUGUACCAGUAGGAUGGAUAAAUGACCUGAGUUUACCCGGGCUGUGGUGGCAGACGCCUUUAGUCCCAGCACUUGGGAGGCAGAGACAGGCAGUAUAGACAGACAGUAUACACACACAAAAUGUAAAAAGCAAAAAAUUCAGUUUCAAUUUUUGUCUUGGUUUGAGAUGAGGUUUUACUAUAUAGCUGUGCCUAACCUAAAACUCACUAUAGACCAGACUGGCCCUGAGCUUGCAGCCCUUCUACCUGUCAAGUGUUAGGAUCUGAGUACCCACACCAGCCUCCAGGGUUUUUAUUUUUGGAUUUAUUUAUUUAUUUAUUUAUUUAUUUAUUUAUUUAUUUAUUUUGAGGUGGGGUUUGACCCCGAAUUGGUGAUCUUGCUGCUUUAGCCUUUCAAGUGCUGGGAUUACAGGUAUGUUUGUACUGCUACCUCUAGCUUGCUUUCCUGCCAACCUGUUCUAUGCCCAAACCAGCCAACCAGUUUCCUACAUAUUCUUCCCAGCCAGGCACACACUAGCACAGGAAUGUUUGCCACCCACAUUUAAAAACAAUACUGUAUUGUAACUACUAUAUCUUAAUGAAGCUAUCCAGUGUCACAGCCUCAAGGAAGUGGUUUCUAGCCUUCAGUUACUGAAAAUGUAAUGACCACAUAUGUACGUACAUUUGAACAUGACUUAGAAAUGAAGGUGAAAAGAUGGGCGCACUUUGGCAUCACUGAACUGUCAUACUUCAGCUAAUCCAUAUAAGGCUGCCUGGUUUCUUACACCCAUGCCAGUGAGCUUUUGCUUUUUUGAGAAAGGGUCUCAUGAUGUUGCUGAGGCUGUUCAAUAAACUUUACUAUUAAA